AUGGAACCGGCCAGGGAGGCAAUGCCCCAAAUGGCUGCUGCGGCGUUAGACACCGGCCCGGCCGCUGCAGCGCUGGCCAUGGAGGCAGACGAAGUGGACUUGGAGCGUGCGGAGGAGGAGCUGCUGCAGCACAUGACGAAUGAGGACCUCCUGGAGGCGACGUUCAUCGAGUUUGCUGUCGAUGCAGGGGAGAUGAACCUUCCGAGAAUGCUCGGUCGUUUGCCGGCGCUGGUAUCCCUGCGGCUGAACGGCUCCAUGCUCACCAGCAUGAGAGACUUGGGCACCAAGCUCACCAACCUGCGUGUUUUGUGGGUGGCUAGAUGCGGGCUGGAGAGCCUCGACGGCAUCUCGAGCUUGCCGUGUCUGACAGAGCUGUAUGCGGCGUUCAACAGUAUCGCGGACGUCAGCAAGGCGGCCGAGUGCCAGGAUCUCGCUGUGUUGGACCUCGAGGGCAACUCCGUGGACUCGUGGGACGAGGUGGCCUUCCUGGGGAUGUGCAGGGACCUGCAGUCGCUGUGCCUGCAGGGCAACCCGAUCAGCAGCCAUUCGUCGUACCGCAGCAUGGCCGUGCAGCAGGUGCCGUCCCUCGUCUCGCUGGACGAUAUUCCCGUCGCAGAUGAGGAGCGUGUGGCACAACCGGGCGGGGCUGCAUGCGUGUCAGAAGCAGGGGAACAUCAGGCGGGAGGGAACGAGCGGGCAGCGGCAGACGAGGACGAGGACGUCCCCGUGCAGCAGGAGCUGCAGCUCAUAUCGGACGGCCUCCGCUUCGCGCGCGUGGGCAUCGACAGCCCGGAUGUGUGCGCGCCAAACUGGGUGCCUCCGACGCGGAGCGCUUCGCGGAUGUUGUCCAGUGCCGGGAGCAUGACGAGCAGCGCCCAGCGGCCGAGCACGGCGAGAGCGGGGCUGGAGCCGGCGAAGCCUGUGCCGACACGGAGCGGCAGCAGCGGACUGCCACCACGUCCCGGCACGGCCGCUACAGUCAACGGAGCGGUGGGCACGGGGAGCAACCGCCCGCCGAGCGCUCAGGGGGGGCUGUUCUGGCGCAAGAACAGAUUGCGGGAGUCUCACAGUGCAGGCUCGCAGGGCGACACUGGAGACGGCAGCAUGCUGACGAUGGGUGGAGCCUUGGCGGGCGGAGCAGGGGCAGCGCUGCGGCAGCGGCGCGCAAACGCGGCAGCGAGCAACCCGGAAGUGGUCGAGACUUUUGAGGAGCGCGACCUCGAGCCUGCGGGCCUCCUGGACCUGCUCCGGCGAAUCAAGGUCGACCUGCUGCACACGGCAGGGGCGCGCCGGCCGCCGUCAUGCCCAGAAGUCGGCGGACACCUGAGAAGCGGGAGUCCCGACGGCAGCGCGUCAGACGCAGCCCCACAUCCGGCCACACGGGACUCGGAGCUGUCUGCAACUGGCCGCAGCGAUGGGAGCUCGGCCGCUUGCCUGCGGAGCCCGACGCACAGCGGCAAUCUGUCGCGGCCCGCGACUGCCCUGGGCCACGGUGGGAGCUUGCCGGCUGGUCGCUCGUCGUCCAGGGGCGGGCUGCCCGUCGGAGUCGCCCUGGAGGACAAAGACGGGGCGCCUCGCUUCAUGGCGAGCAGUAUACGGGACCUGCUCAAAGCAGCGCGCGGUCGAUCAGGGGGCUCGGCCGCGAAAUCAACGGCCGCGGUGCCACAAGCGUUGGAUGGCGACUCGUAG